CUUCUUUUCACGUGAUCCAGUCGCUGGUUCAUAUUUUUCCGCCCGUUCAUCACCGGCUCCAGCGUAGUUCCUUGUUCCUCGGGUCUGCACGACAGCGGAUGAAACACGGAGAAAUGUUGGCCGUCACUCUGCUUUUGCUUCUGGCCGUCGGCUCCGGGGUAUUGGCCGAACCCGUUAGGUUCCUGGAUUGUGGUUCCAAAGAUGGAAGUAUUUUGGAGGUUAAUAUUACUCCAUGUCCUACACUACCUUGCCUUCUCCACAAAGGAGAGUCUUACAGCGUCAAUGUUACAUUUUCCAGUAAAAUUGAAAGCCAAGGCAGCAAAGCAAAGGUGUUUGGAGAAAUAAUGUUAGUAGAUGUUCCUUUCCCACUUGAACAGCCUGAUGGAUGCAAGAGUGGGAUCAAGUGCCCUAUCCUUAAUGGUCAUUCUUACAGCUACUUGAACAAGCUGCCAGUAAAGAGCGAGUACCCAUCUAUUAAACUUCUUGUCAAGUGGCAGUUAUUUGAUGACCAAGAAGGAUUGCUAUUUUGCUGGAAGAUUCCGGUUGAAAUUACCAGUUAAAAAAGCCAUUUAGCCCUCAAGGGUUAGAGGAUGGAAGGCGGGGUUUGAUAAAGACAAGUAAAAUAUUUUGCUACACCAGGCAUUUCCUGUUUAUCCUAUAGUAUCUGUGCAAUAAUUGUUCUCAGAGACAUAGUCUUGAUGAAGAACAAAAUGGAUAACUAGAAUAAACAGUGGGUUGGUGGAUAUCUUGCUUAACUUAGAGCAAUGUUUGUUAUAAUUGAAAGAAAUUCUGGAUUUAUAUUGCUUGAUACAGACAUACCUACCACAGAAAAUUCUUCUAAAAAAACCUGGCCCAGCAAAAUUGAUUACUGUGUUUCUGUCUUUUCAGUGCCUCUUGUGGUCAGAUGCUGGCUGCAAAUUUCCACCUGCUUCCCCCCCACCUUCCUCUUUAUAUCAUAAUCUAAACUAUUUUUUACAACUGCAGUUGCCACCUGGAGCCAAAACAAGACAGGAUAGCCACCUUUGGGGACUAAUUCUGUAGAUAUUACACUCUCAGAUGUCAAACCAUAUGGUACUUGAUCUCUAUGCAGAAAGAAUUUGUGUUAAUCAUUUUGCACUAUCUUGUAAGUCAUUUAAAGUUGCUGUGGGGUGUAUUUCUAAAUACAGUCAGCUUUUGUAACUGUUUCUAAUAAACCAGCAGAAUUAAACUUAA